GCCCAAUUCUGAAAUUCCCCAUCGCCACAGCGCAGAGUCGCAGGCGCAACCAGCAAAUUCGAACCCUAGACACCGGACGGCCGCGUCGGCCGGCGGCGCGGCGGCGUGGGCAUUCGGCGUCCUGCAUCCAUUCCUCGACCCUCUGAUCUCUGCGCUCCGUCUGGCGGCAGCGCCCGCGCGCAAGCGGCGUCGCCUCCCCCCGUUCUUCGGCGCCCCUGCAGCAACUGAGACACUUCGUAGGUUCCCCGUUCUUCGGCGCCCCUGCAGCAACUGAGACACUUCGUAGUUUAAUCUGGAUUCUGAAGCAAUGAGUACCUGUGAAAAGGCCGGAGCGGAAGCUACAUCUGUUGUGAGUUCAGACAGAGUGAGCAGUCUACCUCCAGAGAUAAAGGGUGAUAUCCUUUCUCGUUUGCUUGUUGAAGAAGCGGUUAGGACUAGCAUCUUAUCAAGUACUUGGAGGAAUGCAUGGACUGAUAUGCCAAAAAUAUUUCUGCAAGAUGGAAAGCUUGCACAAACCAAGUUUGUUACGUUGGUAGAUAUGGUGCUAGCACUCCACAAGGGAACCAUAGAAGAGUUUAAUAUAUCAGGUAACAAAAGUUACCAUUAUGAGUUUGCUAGGUGGAUGCUCAUGCUGUCAAGGAGAUCACCAAGAUCAAUUAUAAUCAAGUUGAACUCAUUGCCGGAGUAUAGGAUUCCCUCAUGCCUAUUUUCUAUCGGCAAUUUGAAGAUUCUGCACAUGGAAAACUGCACCAUCUUGUUGCCCCGGGUAUUCCAAGGUUUCAAGAGACUAACUCACCUCAGCCUGAAACUUUUCUCCUCCACGGACAUGGACAUCCAAAAUCUGAUCUCGUUCUGCCCCGUACUGACUGAUUUGAGAUUAGUUCGUUUUGAGGGCAUCAGGUGUCUAAAUAUUCAAGCUCCUGAGCUGGAAUAUCUUGAAGUUGUUGGGGGCUUUGAAGACAUUAAUUUGGAUGCCCCUAAUCUAGAAUGGGCCGUUCUCACUCUUAAUCCCAAAGCUAAAGCAUAUCAAUCUGUUCCAAUUGCUCAUGACACGAAAAACUAUGUCAAGAAGUCAUUGGGAAGCCAUCUAUCAAAAGGGUGCAUACCUAUGAAGCUCCCUGCCGUAUUUACUCGCUUGGAGCAUAUUUAUCUUACGAUAUGCUUUUGGGACGAGAGGCAAGUCUUGACCGCUUGUUCAUUGUUCCAGAAUGCCCCUAACCUAAAGAGGCUCGACAUGCGGAGUCGCUUUUCGAGCCCAUGGUAUCAGGAUCAGGCGAGCAUUCAAGAGCUUACCGUGCAAUUGCAAAUGGACCAUCUCGUAACGGCCAGUUUGGAAGGUUUCGCGGGUCAUGACUAUGAAGUUGAUUUCGUGGCAAAGCUACUGAGGGAAAGAAGUCCACAUGACCCCCUGACGUGGGCACCAGCUUUGGAAGAAUUGGAGAUAGAAUGGGAGGGCAAAACAGACUGCAGCAGGGUUCUUGCGAAGCUAUUAACUCUGCCGAGGGUAUCUCCCAGGGCCAAGGUCAUUGUUACAUUUUGAUAGGCAUGCAUCCAUACAGUCUGCAGUGCAUAAUCCCCAUCACUUUGCCGGUUUAAUUUGCUGCUGAGUAGAACUAUUUCGUCUUUGUUGUUGCGAAUGCCCCAUCUAGGUAGAGCUAGUGUGUUUUGUUGACAACAUUCGGUGGGGGUACUUAAUGUGCUAUCAGCAAGUAUUUUCCAUGUGAAACACUCCAUUCCCUUGCGCAACCGAGGUCACGCAAGCAGCUGCUGUCAUUCCUCCACACACCGGGGACUCUGCACGCCACAGCUCCUGCCCUUCCUUAAUUGCGUCUGAUCAGUUUAUCCUGUUUUGUCCUUGUGUUCUGUGUAUGGUAGAUUCCUGGUUUUAGCAGAUAUCUGUAAAAGAAGUGAUCGCAUUCACCUUCAUGUUGUAUCAGCAAGAUGUGAACCAAAGACAUCAAACUUGUACCUUGGUAUUGUACUCUCUGCAUGUGUAGAUGUAUGAAGCCUGAAGUGUUUUGAGAUUAAAAAAAGCAGCUCAUGCCUGACAACUCUACCUUUUGACAUCAAAGCAUUCA